AAUUAUAUACACAAAUCAGGAAUAACAUUAUGACCAUAUUGCGUACCAUUUGCCUCCAAAGCAGUUGUGAGUCAUCAGUGAAUGGAUAUGGGCCUUCUGAGUACAAUUGGGUCACUUUGGGUCCUAUGGAUUGGAGGGGGAGGGUUCUGUGGAUCAUGCCUGUUCCAGUGCAUCUCACAGAUACUUUACCACAAAUUGGAGGCCACCUUAUGUUGUUUUUUUGUUUUUUUAUGUUUUUUGGAGGCCAAGGUUGUUCUGACGUUAGUGUCUCACACUUCCUCUCUCUGUUUCAGACAAAACUGCAUCACUUCAACACAUCCAAGGACCAAUAAGGCCAAGCAGCACAGCUGCCUUUUCUUUCUUACUUGUUUUUUCUGCAACACAGGCUGAAUAGAAGCUGUAGAUUAGAAGGGGUUUUGGAGCUCCUCCUCCUCCUCACAUAUCUGUAUGGAGAAAAAGCUUUGUCCCUUUGGAUGUCAGGCCUGUUACGUGGACAUUAGCCGAGCAGCACACUCACGGGAACUUUAUUUAAAAAAGUCUGACCAAGAAUUCAUCCAGCAUGCAAUUUCUGCCCGAAAGUAGUUCAGCAGCCCACUGGAGAACACACUACUACUACUACUACCUGGGGUGUUUGUUCAUCAUGAUCACCUACUCUGGACCAGUUUCCCCCCUCCACCCCCCUCCGAUGUCACCAGGUGUCCGCUCUGCUUUCUCCGCCACGCAGACCAACAGCGUAGUGGGGGGCAAGCAGAAGGCGGUGACUUUCAACAGGCUCCUGGUCAACAUCGGAGGGGACUUCAACCCGGACAACGGCUACUUCCGCUGCCGCAUACCCGGAGCUUACUACUUCUCCUUCUCCGUGGGGAAGUUUCCCAAAAAGAUGCUUUCUGUCAUACUGGUGAAGAAUGGAGAGGAGGUGCAGGCCAUAGCCUACGACGACUACCGCAAGAAAGGGAGGAAAGUUCAGAGCCAAAGUGUGAUGAUCAGCUUGAAGGAAAUGGACACAGUGUGGCUGCUUUUACAGCAGAGCCCUCAGUACGCUCUGUACAGCAAUGCUGGGCCUUACAUCAGCUUCUCCGGUUAUCUCGUCUAUCCUGACAUGCCCCAGGCCAGCUACAUCAGCAACCAGGAGUCCUCAACGCUGCUGUCCUACCCAAACUGCCCGCCUCAGACUGACGCCUGGUCAAGAGGUCAGACGAUGGAGCAGCCGAGGUCUGCCUUCUCAGUGGCUCGGACAUCCGCGCUCAUGGGCCAGAGCAGCAUGCAGCGGGACAAGACGCCUCUGAACUUUGACGUGGAAUAUGUCAACAUAGGGGGCCAUUUCAACAAAAGCUCAGGCCUGUUCACCUGCCACUUCCCCGGAGCGUACUUCUUUGCCUUCACAGUGGGGAAACACCCUCGCAAAGCAGUUUCCGUGAAGCUGAUGACGGGGAAGGGCGUGGUGCAGGCGAUGGUGUUCGACGAGGACACGUCAAAGAGACGGGAGAUGCAGAGCCAGAGCUUGUUGCUGUCCCUCCGCAAGGGCGACAGCGUUUGGCUGUACAGCCAGCAGGACGAGCGUUACGCCGUCUACAGCAACCAGGGGAGGUACACGACGUUUUCUGGCUUCUUGGUUUAUCCCGAUGCAGAAACGCCUCCCACCGACCAGGGCAGAACUCAUCUAUAAAUAUGUCAACCCUUCAUAAAAGCUAGUUUUGUAGUAAAUCUGUAGUUUAUUUUUAUGUGGAUGGCUCGGAAGUAAUAUAAUUCCUAAAGGUAACACAUGUUACGCCACAAGAUGGUGCUGCGACCUAAAUAUACACUCUAACCUGCAGGCAAGCUUUUCAAUCGAGUGCAAUUAGCCGCAAGACAUCACAAAAUCAACGUAUGUGUUUAGAUAACGAGUUUUCAGUGAAGUUUUGGUUCACAGAUAUAUGUUAACGUCUUUGUAUUUACACAUUUUUAAAUUUAAGUUUUUGUACACUGUCAGGUAUAGCUGUGUAAAUGAUGUAAAGUUCAUUAAAAUGUACAACAAUGUGUAUGGAGGUUUUGCAUUGUAGAUAGAUAUGUUGAAAUGUUUUGUCUUCAUUAAAAAAAAUUAA